AUGAGCCACGCAGCCCACCUCAAAAAGGCCAUCGAGCAAGCGCGGUACAAGCAGCCCGUCCCGCACAUCGACUUUACCAUCCAUCAGCUAGACGAUGGAAACACCGUGUCCACACAGGAACGUGUCAUCAAAGAGGUCCAAGCACCGGCGAUGCAAAUCCCGACAGAUGCACAGUUCUACUCGACGAUAGAUCCAACAAAACCAGAUAUAGCUUUCCUCAAGAACCACUUCUAUCGUGAGGGCAGACUAUCGGAGGAGCACUGUCUGUACAUCAUCGAGAAGGGAACCGAGUUGCUCAGAAAGGAACCAAAUCUUCUCGAAGUAGAUGCUCCCAUAACCGUAUGCGGAGAUAUUCACGGCCAAUAUUUCGAUCUUAUGAAGCUCUUCGAGGUCGGCGGAAACCCUGCCGAUACACGUUACCUCUUUUUGGGCGACUAUGUCGAUCGUGGCUACUUUAGCAUCGAAGUGGUUCUUUAUCUCUGGUCACUCAAAAUGUGGUAUCCUGACACCCUUUUCCUUCUUCGAGGGAAUCACGAAUGUCGUCACUUGACCGAUUACUUUACUUUCAAACUAGAAUGCAAGCACAAGUAUUCAGAACGCGUAUAUGACGCUGUCAUGGACUCGUUUUGUGCACUUCCUCUGGCAGCAAUUAUGAACAAGCAAUUCCUUUGCAUCCAUGGUGGUCUCUCUCCAGAGCUUCAGACGCUCGACGAUUUGCGCGCGAUUGAUCGCUUCCGUGAGCCGCCUACUCAUGGAAUCAUGUGCGACAUCUUGUGGUCGGAUCCCAUCGAGGAUUUCGGGGCCGAAAAGACGCAGGAAUCGUUUGUACAUAACCACGUCCGGGGCUGCUCAUACUUCUUCACUUAUCAUGCCGCUUGCCAAUUCCUGGAACGAAAUGGUCUGCUAUCUAUCAUUCGGGCACACGAAGCUCAAGACUCUGGGUAUCGAAUGUAUCGCAAGACAAGGACCACUGGCUUCCCAUCUGUCAUGACGAUCUUCAGUGCACCAAACUACCUUGACGUAUACAAUAACAAGGCAGCCGUACUCAAGUACGAGAGUAACGUGAUGAACAUUCGUCAGUUCAACUGCACGCCUCAUCCGUACUGGCUGCCCAACUUUAUGGACGUUUUCACUUGGAGCUUGCCUUUUGUUGGCGAAAAGAUUACGGACAUGCUCAUCGCCAUUCUCAACUGUUGCAGUAAGGAGGAACUCGAUGAGGAGCUUGAAGAGGAAGAAGAGAUUAUUGAAGAAACGGAAGAUGGAACUGAGCGCCGAAAGGUCAUCAAGAACAAGAUCCUUGCCGUUGGGAGAAUGGCUCGCGUGUUUGCUCUUUUGCGAGAGGAAUCGGAGCGCGUUUCAGAGCUCAAAAACUCCACUGGCUCCAGCACGCUUCCUUCGGGAAUGCUGGUCCUCGGCUCGGAAGCAAUCAAGGAAUCUAUUACAGGAUAUGACGAUGCCCGUAAAUCCGACAUCGAAAACGAGCGUUUGCCCCCGGAUCUCGUCGAUCCUGAGGAAGCAAGGGGUCUGUUGUCAAACCCAGUCACACCCAUUGAGGAGCAGGGCAGUUCGCCACUCGAGGCUAUCAAUGAGGAUGCUGCCACGACAUCAGCUGGUUCGUCUGGCGCACCCGGCUCGCCAGCAAUACCCUCGCCUGCAGGCUCUCCCUCGUCGCCAAUGGGAACCUUCCGCCGAGGCCACGGUAGACAACAGAGUCUGGGUACGACGUCGACUAGUCCUAGUACGCGUAGGAGGAGCAUCGAGAACACUGCAUCUCUGAUUCGCGAGGCCAUGGAGGACAAUCGAGCAGAGACGAAUCCUGAUCUCGAGGCGUUGGCAGAGAGUCUUGCGAGCCCCGGCGGCACUCUUCGACGACGCUCCGACUCGACCAGUGGUAGUUCUCCCGGGACGGAUAAGGAAGCUGAGGUCAAGAAAUGA